AUGCAACAUCCUGAAAGAAUUUUUAACACAGAUGAAAGUGCAUUUUUCUUAAAUCCAAAACCAGGACAUGUUCUCGCUAGAAAAGGAGAUAAAAAUGUGUAUGCUUCUUCAGGCGACGAUAAAGAAAAUUUGACCGUUCUGAUUACAGGAAAUGCUGCAGGAGAGUUGGCACCUACUCUGGUAGUAUAUAACUAUGCAAGAAUACCGUCAUUAGUUUCAGAAAAUUUUCCCGAUGACUGGGCCAUUGGUCGUUCAGAAAGUGGAUGUGCUUAG